CCCUCCUUCCACACAGAUACACACAUGAUACAAUACACCACCCUCAAUCAUCAUAUCAUAUAUCAUAUCAUAUAAUAUAAUAUAACAAUAAUAUAAUAAUAAUACGAUGUACGUAUAUAUGUAUGAAUUGUAUCAAAUCCCUAAUAUAUUGAUUUCAGAUAUAAUAAUUAUUUUAAUCAUAAUCUUCUAAAUUAAGUGUUCCAUUUUCCCUCCUCAUAAUUUGAUAAAUAAAUCAGUUUUUAGUAUUGGAGUUCACACCAAAUGGCUUUAUCUGGAGUGCAUUCGGGUGGACUUUUUGAAACCGUGGAAGUCACCCGCUUCUGUAAUAAUUUUCCGGCAACGUUGAUACAAACAAGUUGCUUGCCUAAAAUGCGGACAAAUUUUGGUUCCUUUUCAAAGCAAACAUCAAAAAUUAGGUGUUCGUUGUCAAGAAAAGCUCUAUCCUCGUUGGAAUUUGAAGUGGAUGAUAGCGUUUCCAGCCCGGAUUCGUGUAGAGAAGAAUUCAGCCAUGUUGUGAAGUUUAAGUUUUCUGAUUUUAAGAUUAGUGAUCGUGUUAGCAUUGGUCUAGGUGGAAGGGGGGAUGAGGCUGUUUUUGAAGCUAUUGUUAAGGAUCCUGAAAGUCCCUUGAAUAAUACAAGAGUGGUGCUUCGACAACUUACCAGUGUUCAAGCGCAACGCAGAGGGAAACGUGCUAUACAGGUGUUAAAGAAACUGGCUCGUCGUAAAUUGAUGUACCAUUCCUAUUCUAUGCUAGUUCAUGGUUACGUGUGUUCCCAAGCAAUGGAGGAUGAGGGCUCAUUUGUUCUUGUCCAUGGGUAUCACGCUAGCUUUUCAUUGGGGCACUGGCUUCGACAGGCGGAUUGGCUCCCUACAUUAGAAGCGACACUUGCUUUAGAUGAAGAAUCUGUGAGAAGGGUGGGUGAUGAUACGGUUGGUGGCCCUGCCGUCUCCCGCCAGCUACGGGUUACUCGAAUCGUGAUGAGAGAUCUACUGAUCGGGGUAAAUUACUUACAUAGUCAUGGACUCGCCCAUACCGAGCUUAGACUGGAGAAUGUUCAUAUAAGUCCACUUGAUAGACAUAUUAAAGUAGGAAUAUUGGGGAAUGCUGCUGACUUUUUUGAGGAUGAUUCAAACAACACGGAUAGACAACAAAUGAUGAUUGCAUUUGACAUGAGAUGUCUUGGAUUCAUGAUGGUAAAGAUGGUAUUGCGGGAGCUUAUGGAUCCUAUUAUAUUUACGAAGUUCAAAGCAUUCCUUAAUAAGGGAAACAAUCCUUCCUGUUUGCGUGAGUUUCUACUAAGAACUUUAAAUAGGAAUUCAUCACAUGGAAAUGUUGGUCUGCAAAUGCUGGAUAGGAACUGGGGUGCAGGUUGGCACCUGCUAUCAUUACUUCUUGCAGCUAAACCACUUGAUAGAAUAAGAUGUUUAGAUGCUCUAAGACACCCCUUUUUAUGUGGUCCGAGAUGGCGUGUGAACCCGUCGAUGGACAUUAUCAGGUGGAGUUUAGGAUCAACUGCAGUUAGAAUUACUGAGGAGUACAUAUAUGGACAGCAACAGCGCAUCAGGCUCGCUCACUUCCUUGAGUUGAUGGAGAUGUUGAAUCCUUACUCGAAGGCAAAGAACUGGCUGGGGUUGCUACCCGGAAAAUGGAGAUUGGUAUACUGCACAGGCCGCCACAUUGGGUUAACCACUCGCCAAGCACCUUCUCGUGUGCUAAUUGGAGAUGUGCACCUUACAAUAACCCAACCAUCAAAACCGAAACUGCCACUUUCAUUUACUUCGGAUAUAGGUUUCGGGGUCUUGGUUGGCAAAAAUUGGCCACAUGACAAGAUCGGCAUUGAUGGAAAACUUCAAGUAAAUUCCACAUUCAAAAUAACAUCUGGAAAACGACUUUAUCAAAAAGAAGAGAAAAGUUCUUUAAAUCUACCAUCAAUUGCCGAUAACGCACAAGAAUCAGCAAUCAAGAAAUUAUCAGGCAAAAAGUGGAAAAAGGCAUUACAUCAUCAAGAGAUACCCUCAAGUCUCCCGGUGGUCAAACUAAUGUCAAAGGACAUUGAUGUGACUCUAGCGUUAGAUGAGCCAUUGACAAAAGACAUUGGGGCUGCAAAGGUUGUGAUUAAUGAAGUUCGAAUGCAAAUUCCACCAGAAAUGUUUGAUUUGUCUAAGAUUGUUUGUGGUACAUACAUAGAUUCUAGGAUGUUGGUCCUUCGUAGCGUCAGUGGAUCUGCGCUUUUGUUUACGCGGGUAUGUAGCAUCUGAUGUUAAUAUCUAUAUUUAUAUUGUGAAAAUCCACUUUUCAACUUUUAACUUUUUUCAA